AUGAGUGCAUUUAUGUACGGUACGAGUCAACCGUAUAGAAGUGUACGAUGCGGAGAUGUUAUCAUUCAUCGCCACUUGCAACUUGCUAUCAGCUAUCAUCAACGUGAAGAAUUGUCUUGGGAUGCAUAUCUACGUUAUGCCCCUAAAGGCCCCUUGCGCAGCUGCUGCAGUUCCAACUGCUGCAGUUGGAAGUUGAAAACUCCCAUACAGGAUGCCCCGAACAAUUUACAAAGAUUGCUGCAGUCGCACACUUUUAGCAUUAAGAAGUCGAGCUGGAGGGCUUCCGGGUCCGCGAUGACAGAGAUCUCACAGGGACAUAUCUCUCCCUCAGCAGCUGAGAAACACACAGGUUCAGGCCAUGAUUCGCUGAUAGAAACUGCAAAGCAGCACAUAGACCAGCAACUGAUCCUGGAGGGUCGUCGGAAGUUCAGCAAUCACCUUGAAGACCACGUACUAGAUUACUUUCAUAACAACCCCAUAAACAUCGAAGCUUGCUUAACAACAUGCAUUAAGCUUUUCGGCAACGUCGUUAACAAUCCGACUGAGGAGAAGUACCGGAAGGUGAAGGCCGCCAGUAACACGCUGAAAAACACCGUGUUGGUGGUCAAGGGAGGGGAGGACCUGCUGCUGCAUGCGGGAUGGACGCCGAGGGUGAUCGAGAUGGAAAAGCACUGGGUGUUCGAUGCAGCUGCGGACAGCGUGCGGUUCGGGGUGCUUAAAGAAGCUCUACACCUAACGGAACGAGCCCUCCACACCGUGCAUGAGAAAGCUGAGAAAAAGCGCAAGGAGCGGGAGGAGAAGCUACACAAAGAGUCCGCUGAAAAGGAGAGGAUUAAGCUGGCCAUCGAGGAGGAUAAGGCGGCGCGGCGGCAACGGGCGGAGCUCAUGGCUUUGGGGGCGGCGGCGUCGCCGCCACCGCCGUCGGCGGCAUCUACGGGCUCGGCGGGGGCGUCACCGACGCGGCGGAGCCCGGCUGGAGCAGCCCCGAAACCACACUAACGAACUAAUCUCCUCCAGCCUCAAACGAACGUACGGCCUUGCUCAUUCCGGGGGUUCUUUGAGGCGAAGAUGACGUUUUGUUUAGAGCGAGGAUGGGCAAUGAGGAUAGGCAAUACAAACCAGGUAAAGCACACACACAAUUAAGUGUAUGUAUAGACAUACAACGUUUGAGGGACAGCUGGUGGAUGUUAAACGUGGUCGGUGUCGGUGGUUGGUCGUUGCUGGUUGUACGUAACGGUCCAGGACUCCAGGUUUUCGUUGUAGGAGGGCCAUUCGCGCUGCGGCACACCUAUGGAUCAGGACGCUUCUUGGAAGUUAAAAUAAAAAACAACUGCUUUGUUAGCAACAAUCGUAUAUAAUGGCAUUUACGAUGUAGAAAAGUUUCCGCCAAAUAUCUUUUCUUUCGGUGCAAUUGUGGGACGGAAAGCAAAAUACAACCAUGUAUGUCUGAUGCAAACAUGCUCUGCCAAUACAUUUUCAAGACAGGGCAUGAAACUGUCCUUGCUGGCGCAGGGGUCGUACACAGCCGUAUCGCCAAGGCGCAUGGCAGAUACCCCAACGAUACACACACACCAGGGGCCGCAUCACCGCCUCCGGGGGGGGUGGGGUUUGUCCGCAUGACCCGAAAUCCAGUCGCAUCACCGUUCCGCUCCGCUGAGAUCCGAUACCACAGAGCACCCUCAUAGGUCAGACUGACGGACAAACAGACGAGAGCAACGCGAGAGUAGACCAACGGCGAACGCAGGCCGCGAUCUAGCAGCAUCAGCAUCCGCAGCCUCCUGAACUCCAGCAGCAUCGGCAGUGUCGGUGUCGGAACAGCUGCAACAUGCAACGUUGUGGCGCAAUGCAGUUUUCUCCGCACUCAAGCCCGCGUCC